CGCAUACACGCUAAAUUUUGUCCGUUCACGAACACGACUCAACCGUCCGAGUGGGAAAUUGGAGUGUAGUUGGUGCCAAAUAUUUACAGUUUUCUUCUCUACCAACAGGAUAGAACUUAAACCCUACAAAACACACACAAUAACAACUCUUUCCCGGCGACACCAUAGUCCGAUGGCUUUGACAAUCUCAAACAUACUGCACUGCCCUAAAUUCAAUUCCUCUCGCAACCAUUUCCGUCCCCAAAUUUCAACCUCUCUCAGGUUUCCUAGGAAAAUCAUCUGUGCUUCUGCAUCUGCUGCAGGAAGUUCUAAUCCUAAUAGUGACAUUAAUCCUUAUGAGGUUCUAGGUGUAAGCCCUAUUGAGAAGUUUGACACGAUCAAAGCAGCAUAUACAAGAAAAAAGAAGGAGGCUGAGAACAAUGGUGAUGAAGAAACUGCUUCUAGACUAGAAAAGGCAUAUGACAAAGUUAUGAUGUCUCAAUUGAGUAAUCGGAAAAAAGGUCUCACUUUUGGAUCAUUUAAGGUUUCUAAGGACAUAAAGUAUGCCGACAAGCAGCCAAUUAUACCGUGGGGACCAAGGUUUGCUAAAUCAAGUGAAAAUGAUAUUCGCAUCAACUUGGCAAUAUCUGCUGUUUUUACAGCUUGGAUCGCGGUCACUCGCAGUGCUGAAUAUAAACCUUUGCAGUUUUUAGCCUUUGCUUUUGUUUAUAGGCUUUUUGAGAAGUUAAAAUCCUUUGAAUCUCCUAAAAGCUCCACAAUUAAUGAAGAUGGCGAAGAUCCUGGAGAAGGACUGCGCAUGGGCAAGAGACUGCUCCGAUCACUGGCCUUGGUUUUUGGAUGUGUAGCUGUUUCAUCCGUGGCAUUCACUGUGGGUUUAAACAUAAUUGAGUCUGCAAGUGGUUCUAUUCCAUCUAUUCUUUACUACAGUCAGGAGUUGAUAAUCACCGCAUCAUCAGCAGUCAUGCUUUAUAUUUUGGGAUCUUUUUAUCGAUAGUGGAUCUUUCUUGAAGACGAAGAAACCAGUCAAUCUAGUGAUGAUCAGAAUACUAUGUUACUAAUCUUCCUUUUCAUUUUUCAUUUUCUAUUGUGAAUUGAGUUAUUUCGCCGUUUCACUCAAAUUUUGUCAAAAGAGAAAUAGUUGUACUUCUAAAGUAGGAAUUAGUGCGAAUUUAAAGUUUUGUUGUAUUUUCUUUUUGGUUGGGAAAAUUUGUUCUAUUUGAAUUUGAGUAUGAUUCUCAUUUGGGUUUA